GCCUCAGCGGGUCUCCUUCAUGCUGCCCGCCGCUGCUGCCGGCGUCCAGCGGCGGCGGCGUUAUGGGUUAGCGGCCGGCGCCUCAGCUCCUGCACCCAUGAGGGCCAGCUGGCUGCAGAGGACUGUCGCAUGGAUCGUGCGUCUGAUGUCGUUUAGGCGCAGAUGUCAAAGGAAGGUGACCCUGGUGAUGGUGGGCCUGGAUAACGCGGGGAAGACGGCGGCGGUGCGAGGAAUCCAGGGAGAGAAUCCGCAAGACGUGGCUCCCACCGUGGGCUUCUCCAAGGUGGACCUGAAGCAGGGAAGGUUUGAGGUGACGAUCUUCGACCUGGGAGGAGGGAAGAGGAUCCGCGAUAUCUGGAAGAAUUACUACUCGGAGUCCCACGGCGUGGUGUUCGUGGUGGACUCCAGCGACGUGCAGCGCAUCCAGGAGACGCGGGAGACCAUGGCGCAGGUCCUGCAGCACCCGCGCAUCGCCGGGAAACCCGUGCUGGUACUUGCCAACAAACAAGACAUGGAGGGAGCGCUGGCCGAAGCAGACAUCAUCGAGAACCUGUCGUUGGAGAAGCUCGUAAACGAGAACAAGUGUCUCUGUCAGAUCGAGCCCUGCUCGGCCAUUUUAGGGUGCGGGAGAAAGGUGGACAAGUCCAUCAAGAAGGGCCUCAACUGGCUGCUCAGCAACAUCGGCAAUGACUACGAGGCCAUUGCCGAGCGCGUGCAGAAGGACACGGCGGAGCAGCGCGCCCUGGAGGAGCAGGACAAGAAGGAGAGGGCGGAGCGAGUGCGGCGCAUCCGGGAGGAGAGGGACCGGCAGGAGCGCGAGGAGGCGGAGCGAGAAGGAAGGCCCGUCCACGAGCAGGAGGCUGGCGACGAGGCGGUACAGAGCCCCUUCCAGCCCAUCGGGAACUUGAUCUCCAAGGACACAGAGCAAGGAACGCAGAGGAAGGAGCAGAUAGAGCUGCAACAGGACAGGAGCAACGGCCCCAAGGAGGACCUGGAGCACGAGGAAGAGGAGGAGGACGAAGACGCCGCCGGAGAGCCGAACGACACAAGACAAACGCCAGACAACACAACAGGCGAGCAGAGCAGGAAGAGGACGAGCAAGCUGCACCUGAAGAGGAAGCACAGGGUGGACCCGCUGAGGACGGAGGACGGGCCGGCCCAGAGCCCCACGCCUCCGCCUGCGCCUGUGGGAUGGGCCACGCCCAAAGCCUCUAGACUGCCCAAACUCGAGCCGCUCGGGGACUCAGGACAUUCUGAGUUUUUCAAGAAGCCCCUCCCGCCGCUCGCCAACAGGCCGCGACCAAACGGCGACUCCCAAGACGUCAUCUCUUAAAGCUCCUUUACUGACUGACUGACUGAGGUGCGCUACCGACCAAUCACGGCUCUCUCCUGUGCUUUCUGUCUCAAGCGAACGGCGUGUAGGCAACCAAACCAAACGGGACGACCGCGGGAGCCGGCGGCUGGAGGAAACGGAGCUCAACAGCCGCGAUUUCAAUUCCCCAAACUGUUUCAUGCUGAACUUGAACUCUCGGCCAGAUUCUACUGCAUCUAGAUCAUUUUUAAUUUUUACUAUCGAUCAGUAUUGCAAGUCGCCAGUCGGUGUGUCCGACUAAAAUGGUUUGAACUGAGGAACACUGUAAAUAAAACCUCAUCUAACCUUA